AUGACACAGUCCCCUUCUUCGCCUCUCAGUCGCUCCUCGUCCUUCGCCCCAGGCCCGCAUCGCCGCUCUCAUCCAAACCUCCAACACUUGUCCCUCGCGCCCUUGACCCCCAGAUACCCAAUCGAUCCGGCCGACUACGCUGCCUACUUCGACCCAGCGACAUCGGAGCUACACACCUCCGCAUCCAUCUCCCAUAUCGCGAGCUUGCCGUCCCCUGGUGGAAUUCUGUCGAGGAGCGGUUCCGCAGCACAGUCGCGGGCGCAGUCGCGAGCCAGUUCCCGGACGCGACUGAACCAGAAGAAAAAGAACCGAUCCUUCGUGACGACUCAAAACCCAUUACCUCUCACAGAUGGGACCACUAGCAUCCCUCCGCCUUCUGGGGCACUGACGAGUGAAGGUCUCGGUCACAAAUCCAUCACCCGUCUCUCCGCCCUGACGAACCUCUCACCGCACCAGACACACACUCCGGGAGAGUACUCGGGCAGCCGGUCCCUACACAAAGCCGAUUCUUCGUGGCUCAUUCAGACAGGUCUUACGUUGACCGAAGGCUCGAGAGAAUCGAAGGGCCAGUCAUGGAUAUUCAAGCGUGACUCUUCCACCUCCUUGGCUACACCGAUCGACGAACGCCCGCCGAUGACGGUGAGAUCCGGCAGAGCAACGCCGAGCGGCAACCUCAGUCGACGAGGCAGUUUCCAAAGACGCAGCAAGAGAUCCUUGGCCAUGACCCCCGUUCCGGCCACGACGCCAAUGAUCGAAGUAGACACGGGCCCGGAUUGGGCCGACGAGCAGACACAGGCGGAGAUUGCGGCACAGAUGGACGCAGACUUUGCAGAUGAAUUGGACGAUGGCGAUCCAUACGGCAUGUUGGAUUUCGAGGCUCAAUUCGACAGCGACGAUGAGGAGGAACUACGGAAAUCGAUCAAAGGUUACAGACUAGGGCGAUGGAUGGACGGGCUUGUGGAUGUCUUUUUGCAACUGGAAGACGACUUUUCCACUCCUCAGCCCGACUUGGAGGCCGCAAGGCCCAAGGCCCGUCCCGAAAUUGCUACAUCUACUGCUCCGCCAGCCAAAGACGCCGACCACCCUGGACCGAGUGUCCGGUUCGAGGACUCGGUCGAGCCGCCUUCAGAAAGACCAAAAGGCGUCUGGGACGACGUUGCCUGGUUUGGCCGCAUGCUGGCGAGGACCGUGCGGUCUUAG